GCACGCGCGCCUGGACUUAGGCGGAGCGCAGUACCGCAGGCCCAGUCCCAGCAGUUAGGGUGGCGGCGCGAGUCCUGGAAAGAGCAAGUAACUGAGAAGGCUUGAAAGAGAGGCGUGACUGUUGGGUCUGUGGGCAAGAUGGAGUCUCCACAGCCAGACUAUCAGACCUUCUGCUGCACUCUGAAAUGCUUUGUGAAGACGUUGCGGUUGGUGGUAACUCUGGCAUCUAUGACCUUUUUCAUCGUGGCACAAGCUCCUGAACCAUAUAUCGUUACCACUGGGUUUGAAGUCACCAUUAUUUUCUGUUUCAUACUCUUGUAUCUGUGCGGACUUGACAGGAUAAUAUCUUUCUUUUGGCCUUUGUUUGUAAGUGAUGAACUUCAACCUUAA